UGAGACUGCACCACUGCGUAGGCCUCCUCGACUCGUCGCCUCGAGCCUCGAGCCUCGAGCCUCGAGGACCUGCCAGCCUGCCAGCCUGCCAGCCUCUUUCUGUGGUACCAAGACGUGACCGCAAACCCGCGCCCGCUACCACUGAUCCCAGCCGAGUCCGUCCCCUCUAGGUGCCGGGCCAUGGAGUGGUUCUGACCAUGGCCUGUGGCACGGCGGCAUGGCGGCAUGGCAUGGCUGGGCGGAGUGCUGGCCGACGACAAGCCGUGAGGCUCAUCUGGUCAGGGGCCGUGGAAGACUGGAGAGCCGAACGUCUCGAGACGGCCCCAGGUCUAAGCUUUCCACGUUGACCGGUCGCCCGCUGUUGCUGUCGUCAUUGAUUGGAGCUUUUGCUGCGGUGCAGACGACACAGCAAGACUUGGGACGAUUCGUAUAAUUGCUCGGCGGAGAGGCGAGAUUGCUGGUCGGCACCGAGCUCGGCUGGCCGGCCAAAUGCCGAGCGUUCCUGCAUCCAAAGCUGUGGUCCAGGAGCAGGAUUGAGAUCGCAUGCCAUGACCUGUGCACAAUGCAAGGUGCUGUUUUCCACCUGGUGCUUGCUACAAUAGGCACCCAGGUACCCAAGCUAUACGGAGUUCCCAGGAGCGAGACAUGGACGGCUGGUAGGCCAGGGCUUAAACUCCUGGAAUAGGCAGGUGGCCACGCCUUGUGGUUGCUACUUGCUGUCUCGUUCGGUUUGUGUCGGGCAGUUGCUGGCUGCCGUGUCUGUGAGGUAGAUAUACGGCACGAUGAAGGCACCGUCCGUGUCUUUGCGUCUCCGCUCGCUAGCGGUGGCAGCCUCACGGUCCUCACCUCGCACAUUCCCGUCAGCACCGUCAGCACCGUCCUUCCGUGCCUGUUCUGCAGCUUCUGCUUCUUCCGAGACAUCAUCGCCCGUGCUCGCACUCACCAGCGGCAGCUCCAAGCUCGGUCGCAACAUUGGCCCCAGGUUCAAGAGCAGCAGCACCUGGCCAGCUGUUCUGCCAUCCUCACCGGCGAGAAACACAGUCGCCCAGGCUGGCAUCAGGCUUUUCCACGGCCUCAGCAGCACUGCUUCGACACCGUCUUGGCACCAACCUGUGCGUCCCUCUGCCGCAGCUUGCAGGUCUCACCUUCCGACUGCCCCACAUUUCACCGCAACCUCGACGCGGGGUCACGCAACCUGUGCUUUGGCAGCAGAGGACCACCUCGGGAGCAUCCCAACCACAAACAUCACCGCAGACACCUUCGACAUGGGCGACAGAGACCUCUUGCCAGACAGCUUCAAGGCUGCUCACUACGACCUGAAGCUCACCAACCUUGACUUCAAGGACUGGUCCUACAAUGGAUCCGUGACCAUCGCUGGGAACAUCACCAAACCAACCAAGGAGAUCGUCAUCAAUGCUCUCGAGCUGAACCUCAGGAAUGUCAAGGUCUCCGCCGACUCUGGCAAGGCCAGCAGCUCAUGGAGCUCAUCCAAGAUCACCUAUGACACCCGCGCUCAGCGGGCCGUCAUCUCCUUUGACGCGGAGCUCCCUGUCUCCAAGGCCACCCUCACCAUCGACUUUGACGGCGUCAUCAACCACGACAUGGCUGGCUUCUACCGAUCUCAGUACAAACCCGUGGUCCCAGCUGCUGCCUCCGUCCCUCGUGACGAAGAGUUCCACUACAUGACCAGCACCCAGUUCGAGAGUACCGAUGCCCGCCGUGCCUUCCCCUGUUUCGAUGAGCCGAACCUCAAGGCUACCUUUGACUUCGCCAUUGAGAUCCCCACCGACCAGGUUGCCCUGAGCAACAUGCCCGUCAAGGAUGUCCAGCCGACCACCGAGGGCAAGCAGCUUGUGUCCUUCGAGACGACCCCGGUCAUGUCCACCUACCUGCUCUGCUGGGCUGUUGGCGACUUCGAGUACGUCGAGGCUUUCACAGAACGCAGGUACAACGGCAAGCAACUCCCAGUGCGCGUCUACACCACCCGAGGCCUAAAGGAGCAGGGCAGCUGGGCGCUGCAACACGCCCCCAAGAUCAUCGAUUUCUUCUCUGAAAAGUUUGACAUUGAUUAUCCUCUUCCCAAGAGUGAUAUCCUGGCUGUGCAUGAGUUCACGCAUGGUGCGAUGGAGAACUGGGGCUUGGUCACAUACAGAAUGACUGCUAUCUUGUUCGACGAGAACAAGUCUGAAGCUCGCUUCAGGAACCGCAUCGCCUACGUUGUUGCUCAUGAGCUGGCUCACCAGUGGUUCGGAAACCUCGUCACCAUGGACUGGUGGGACGAGCUUUGGCUCAACGAAGGAUUCGCGACCUGGGCAGGCUGGCUAGCCACCGAUCACCUCCACCCUGACUGGGAGGUGUGGCCACAAUUCAUCAAUGAAGGUUUCGAGACGGCCCUGAAACUCGACUCUCUGCGCUCUUCCCACCCCAUCCAGGUUCCCGUCCGCGAUGCGCUCGAGAUCAACCAGGUCUUCGAUGCUAUCAGCUACCUCAAAGGUUGCUCUGUCAUCCGUAUGCUGGCGAACCACCUUGGCGUCAAGACGUUCCUCAAAGGAGUGUCCAUCUAUCUCAAGAAGCACACUUACGGCAACGCCAAGACUGUUGCUCUGUGGGAGGCAUUGAGUGAGGCCUCUGGCACCGACGUCCCGGCCCUGAUGAAGCCGUGGAUUGAGAAGAUCGGCUUCCCCGUCUUGACAUUGGCCGAGGAACCUGGCCAGGUCACCGUUAAGCAGUCCCGCUUCCUAUCGACCGGCGACGUGAAACCAGAGGACGAUACGACGACAUGGUGGGCUCCCCUGGCCUUCGAGGGCAAGGUCGGCGCCGAGGGGGUCCAAUCUCUUGCUCUGACCAGCAAAGAGGACACCAUCCGUGACGUCGAUGACGACUUCUUCGUCCUCAACAAGAACGCUCCCGGAUUCUACCGUGUGAACUACCCACCCCAGAGGCUGCAGAAACUCGGGACACAGCUGGACCGCCUCAGCACGGAAGACAAGAUAUUUAUCACUGGCUCGGCCGCUGAUCUUGCCUUCUCUGGCUAUGGCACGACUCCUGCCCUGCUGUCUUUCAUCCAAGGCUUCAAGGAUGAGACCCACUACCGUGUUCUAAGCCAGGCCCUGGACUCGAUCAAUGUGGUCAAGUCCAUUUUUGGGGACGAUGACACCAUAAAGCAAGGACUCGAGAAGUUCACCCUUCGCCUGAUCGAUAACGCUCUGAACAAGGUGGGCUGGGAUAUCCCUGCUGGUGAAGACUUCAACACCAGCCUGCUGCGCAAACGCUUGCUUGUUGCAGCUGGGACCAAUGGACACCCUGGCGUGACUGAGGAGGCCCUGAAGCGAUUCUCGGCACACUCAGCUUCUCCCAAGGACAACCCAUUGCAUGCCGACCUUCGCAGUCCAAUCUACCGGGUCGCACUGAAGUCUGACCCGGCUGGUACUACCGCUUUCCUGAAGGAUCAGUGGUACACCACGGAUGCCGUCGAUGGCAAGGAGGUCUGCCUUACUAUUAUGGGCAGCUGCACCGACGAGUCCAUCAUCACUUCGACUCUAAUCCCAUUUGUGUUCAAUCUCUCACCACCAGCACCAGCCUCCGACUCUAUACCCCCUGGAGACGUGCACUACCUGUCGGGCACACUGGCUGCGAAUCGUGUGGCUCGCCCGCUGCUGUGGAAGUUUGUCAAGGAGAACUGGGACCAAGUGGAGAAGAAGCUUGGUGGCAACCCUAUCAUCCUGGAUCGCUUCGUCAACGUUACUCUGAGCAAGUUUACGACCUUCAAGGACGUCGAGGACAUCGAUGCAUUUUUCAAGGACAAGGACCGCACCGCAUUCGACCGCACCCUCGAGACGGCUAAGGAUAAGGUUCGUGGACGGGCUGCGUACAGGGAAAGAGAUGCAGAUGUACUCAGGGAGUGGUUGAGCACCAAUGGGUAUACCUCGUGAGCAGGUCGACAUACAUGUCGUAAACGUCGGGAUGAAUGUGUUAAAAGUUUAUGGAAUUAUCAUGAUUACCUGUGUACGGGUCAAUCUGACUAGAUAUUAACAGUGUCUAUUGGUCUGGA